CUGCUAGGUCUGCCUCGCAGGAUGCCCCUGCAGGUGAGGGAUUACAGUUGGCAGCAGACGAAGACUGCGGUCUUUAUCUCUGUGCCCCUCCGAGGUGUCUGCAUUAGAGAUGCUGACGUGUUCUGCACGGAAAACUAUCUGAAGGUCAACUUUGCUCCAUUUUUAUUUGAGGUGUUUCUCUAUGCUCCCAUAGACGACGAGAGUAGCAAAGCCAAGAUUGGAAAUGACACUAUUGUUUUCACCUUACAUAAAAAAGAAGAGGUCAUGUGGGAGACCCUUUCUGUGUCAGGUGUUGACAAAGAGAUGAUGCAAAAGAUAAGGGAGAAAUCUGUUUUACAAGCACAAGAAAAAGCAAAAGAAGCUAUAGAAGCAAAAGCUGCAGCAAGGCGGGAAGAUCAAAAAUAUGCACUAAAUGUCAUGAUGAAGAUUGAAGAAGAGGAGAGGAAAAAAAUAGAACGUAUGAAAGAAAAUGAACGGAUAAAAGCAACUAAAGAAUUGGAAGCAUGGAAAACACAUCAAAGAAAAGCUGAAGAACAUAAAAGAAUUCAGAGAGAAGAGAAGUUACAUCAACAAGAAAAGCAAAUUGAAGAACAGAGGAAAAAAUUAAAACAUAAAAGUCUCACUGGAAAUUCAACAGCCAGAAAUACUCCCACAAAAGGGAGAAACUCAGAAAAUAUAUUUUCUGAGAAGUUAAAGGAAGACAGUAUUCCUGCUCCUCGCUCUGUGGGCAGUAUUAAAAUCAACUUUACCCCUCGAGCAUUCCCAACCGCUCUCCGGGAAUCACAAGUAGCAGAAGAAGAGGAGUGGCUGCACAAACAAGCAGAGGCCCGAAGAGCAAUGAAUACUGAUAUUCCUGAACUUAGGGAUUUAAAAGAAGAAGAAAAGAACCCAGAAUGGUUGAAGGAUAAAGGAAACAAGUUGUUUGCAACAGAAAACUAUUUGGCAGCUAUCAAUGCAUACAACUUAGCCAUAAGACUGAAUAAUAAGAUUCCACUGUUGUAUCUGAAUCGAGCUGCUUGCCAUCUAAAAUUAAAAAACUUACACAAGGCCAUUGAAGAUUCUUCUAAGGCACUAGAAUUAUUGACACCACCUGUUGCAGACAAUGCUAGUGCAAGAAUAAAGGCACACGUACGACGUGGAACCGCAUUCUGUCAACUAGAAUUGUAUAUAGAAGGCCUACAGGAUUAUGAAGCUGCACUUAAGAUUGAUCCAUCCAACAAAGUUGUACAAAAUGAUGCUGAGAAGAUUCGGAAUAUAAUUCAAGGAACAGAACUAAAAUCUUAAUGACUACUAGAAGCAGCUAGGUAUUGUAGUGAGUAUUUACGUUUUAAGCUUUUCAAAAACAACUGGAAGUAUUGGGAAUCUUUGUACAUAUUAUGGCUGAUUGUGCAGAAUCACUUUAUGUUAGUGCACUAGUUCUGUAGAGGGAAAAUAUAAAUCUAUAGAAAAUUAUAUGCUUG